AUGUGUUGCGGCCACUGUCCAAGUUGGAGAGGAUGGGCAGCUGUUUACCUCGUUUGUUCCUUGCUGCCGCUCAAGUCCUCACACCAAAGAGGGAUGUGUGUUCACACAUACACACGCGCACACACGUACCCUCAAAGUGUUCCUUUCCUCCUCACACCACCUACCUUGUUGUUGCAUCGUCGAGGUAACCAACAGUUCAAUUACCAGCCAAGGCCCACGUCUACCUUCCUCAACCAACUCUGCAAAGGCUCUCAGGACAGGCAGGUACAAGGCUGA